AUGGCUCGUCAAAUAGCUGAUGGCGGAGAUCAAACCAAUGCAGGGGAACUUAUGGAAAACACAAGUCUCCCCUUCACCCCUCGAGUCAUGAAUUUUCCUCUCCCUGAUAAAUUCAAGAUGCCCCGAGUCAAUCUCUAUGAUGGCACCGGGGAUCCGACUGAACACAUGGAAGGUCUUCGUGCGCAUUUCAUUCUUCAUGGAACCCCAGACGCAAUUUCAUGUAGGGUUUUUCCCUUAACUUUAGCAGGAGUAGCUAAAGAUUGGUUCGGCAAGCUUCCGGCCAAUUCAAUAGACGAUUUCAAGACUCUCGGACAUCUCUUCUUGAGUCAGUUCUUGGCUACCCAGAAGAGGAAGAAGAAUCCGGCUUAUUUGUUGUCCCUUGUGCAGGGGAAGGAAGAGUCAUUAAAAGAGUACAUGCUCAGAUUUAACCAGGAGAAGUUGAUGAUUGAAAACCCUCCUGAGCAAACAGUACUUGACGCUCUGAUGCAUGGAGUAAGGGCAGAAGGGCCUUUGAUGGCCAAUCUGUCAAAAAAUACCAAGUUAGUGACUCUCGGUCAGUUUAUAAAAAAGGCUGAUGAGUACAUUAAUCAAGAAGAAACCGUUAAGGCUCUCAUGAAGAACCAGAAGGAAGAGCUCGAGGCCAAGGGCAGUAAGGAGAAGGUAGCGCCGGCAAGUGCUGUAAAGAAGGAGGAGAAGAAUGUGAAAAGGUCAGAGAAGGUGGCCCCAUCAUAUCCUUGA